GAAAUUUUUCACGGCUUGCUUCUCUUAAUCAAAUGCGGAGAAGUUGCGGAGAAUAUGUCCGGGGGAAACAAGAAUGAUAAGCCUCAGGCAUGUAUUGUUCUUAAGUUGGGAUAUAUGAAGUCCAUUCACCAAGGACGUCUAGCCUGCAACCCGUCUUUAAUAAUUCCUUUCUAAUAUAUUUUUGGAAAAUGUCGGCUAUCAUAAAUGACUAUCCAUGGACAGCUCAUCCACUCGUCGUCUCUGCGCCUAUGGCCCGGGUUGCAAAACCUCCCCUUGCUGUGGCCGUUUCCAAAGCCCAGGGAUUGGGUUUUAUUGCCGCAGGAUAUACGAGUGAUAAUCUCGACGAUCUUCUUGAGGAAGCUACAAAUUUACUCUCAGACCGAAAAAUUAUUCAUUCAAACGACUUCUCGGUUCUUCCUGUUGGUGUCGGGUUUAUCACUUGGAGUGCUUCUCUAAAAACAGCAAUCCCUGUGAUCCGAAAACAUUGUCCUUGUGCUGUCUGGUUGUUUGCUCCUCCAACAGGAUUCCAAGACCUUGUCCCAUGGGCAACGCAAAUCCGGGAUGCAACAUCCAAUAGAACUAAGAUUUGGGUCCAAAUUGGUUCUGUAGCGGAUGCUAUCCAGGUAGCCAGAGUCGUCAGACCGGAUGUCCUUGUGGUGCAGGGUUCAGAUGCGGGUGGCCAUUCUCUUGCACGAGGGGCUAGUAUAGUCACCCUAGUACCGGAAGUCUAUGACAAGAUUGGAAAUGAGAUUCAAGGACCUGGUGGAAAGCCUAUCCAAUUGAUCGCAGCGGGCGGGAUUUGCGACGGACGUGGUGUUGCUGCCGCAGUCAACCUAGGUGCUCAGGGAUGUGUUUUGGGAACAAGGUUUCUCGCCAGUCCUGAGUCUAUGAUUGCUCAGGGGUAUCAAGACGAGAUUCUACGAGCUUCAGAUGGCGGUUCGACCACUGUGCGAACGAAGAUUUAUGAUACGGUACGGGAUAUUCAUGGUUGGCCAGACGAAUACAACGGCCGGGGACUCAUCAACCAGACAUACGUAGAUGCGGUUCAGGGUAUGAUGGAAGAGGAAAACCGGGAGCUUUAUCUCCAAGCAAUGGAAGAGGGUGACCAAGGAUAUGGUCCGAAAGGUCGACUUACCACAUAUGCAGGAACAGGUGUUGGCCUUGUCAACAAAGUUAUGGCGGCGAGUGAGAUUGUCAUCUCUGUGCGAGAUUUGGCGUAUAAACUUUUAUAUAGACAAAAGCAAAUGUCUCGUCUGUAA